AUGGCUUCUGUACCCCCACCACCGCAAUGGGUCAUUGACUUGAAUUCCCCUCCAGCAGGGAAGCCAAAAUCCGCAGGAAUCCCCGAUCCGCCGGGAUACACCUCAACAGCUACAGGAGGAAAGAAACACCAAUCCUCCUCCAAGACCGCCGUUCGCGCACCUCCCACAACCGAAGAAAUGGACGUGCUCAAGCUCAAGAAGGCCUGGGAAGUAGCCCUCGCACCCGUCAAGCAGCUCCCCAUGACCGCAAUCAUGAUGUACAUGUCAGGCAACUCUCUUCAAAUUUUCAGCAUCAUGAUGGUUGGCAUGGCAUUCAAGAAUCCUAUUAUGGGACUUAUGGCUACAAAUCAGGCUUUUGAGAAGUUUGAGACACCGGGGACGAAGGGGAAUCUUUUGAUGGUCAAGGCGGUUUAUGUGGCGAUGCAGAUAUUGGCGUUGGCGUUGGGGGUGUGGAAGGUUAAUGGGAUGGGGCUUUUACCGACUACGAGGUCGGAUUGGUUGGCUUGGGAGACGGCGAGAGAUCCUUUGGAGGUGGCGAUACCCGCGUUUUGA